GUGGCUCUGGCUACCGGCUUUAAGUCAUCCUCUCGCCGACCAGGGCAACGAGGUCGCCUUCCAGGCCAGAAGAACCGACCAAAAGGCGGAAAAGGAGCUGACCCCGACUACGACCCAGCUAAGGAUGAGGGCUGGCGCGUUGGUAUACCUUGCUCACAGACAGCCCUUCGCCGCCAGCGCAGACAGGCAGCGGCUGCAGCUGCUGCUGCCUCCACCGAGGGUGGACAGCGUCGUCGAACAGGUGGUAGUGAAGCCUAUUCAUCUGGAUAUUCAGCCUCUUCAGGCGGUUCGUCAGCUGGAGAAGCUUCAGAUCCUGAACUGGAAGAGAUGGAACGGAAUCGCUAUGCAAAUGGCCCCGGAGAUAUGGAUCAAGAUUCAGAAAUGGCUUCGGAGGCAACUGCUGCAUUUAGUACCGCCGAAUUGACUACUGCCACUGUGGCUGCUGCUGGCGGUCGCGUCAAGGGUGCAGUUCGCCGACUUGCAAAGGAUUCGGGAGAUCAGGUUGACGAUGAGGAUGAACUAGGCGAGGUGGAUAGCCAACAAGCCAACGCCUCGGGUGAAAAAGUGCGGGACGAAUUGGAAGUUGAUCAAGAGAUCACUGAGACCUGGAUGCCAGAAGAGUCUUUAUCUUUAUGGGAGAUCAGAACGUUUAUUGAUUCAUAUUUCCCUCUUGGAACAUAUCCACCAGCACCAGGAAUUUCUUUGACGAACGGAGAGUCUCAGAGUGAUUCCAAUUUUUCUAAAAUCGAUUUGUGGCACCGACAGCCUCGAUUGCCAUCUCCACCUCGCGUUAAUCUAGGCCGACUUUUGGCUGCCGAGGAGCAGCGCUACUGGCAACGUAUAGCAGAGAAACAGUUGACGACAAUUAGAUCAGGUUUGUGGCAAAGCAUAAAUAUUAUUUUUUGUACGAUGUUUAUUUUCAUAAAGAAUCUGCAUUCGAAAACGUUACUUAUUUCUUAUAUAAGUAGGUUUCGAGAUUACCGGUAA